AUGACCCAGCGCUGGCAAAGGAGGGAGAUCUCCAACUUCGAGUACCUCAUGUUCCUCAACACCGUCGCAGGUCAGCUUCCGUUCUCCUCCCUUUCCUCCUCUCUCUUUUCCCACUCUCCUGCCCUCUCCUCUUUUCCCAACUCUUCCUUUCUCCCCCUCUUCUACGCUCUCUCCCCCUUAUCUUGGAUUGAUCCAUGUUGUUGUGUUGAGCCAAUCACCUCUUCUCUCCAUACCCAAAAUCUCAUCAUCUAUUAUUCUACCAUGAUGAAUGUAGUGUAUGUUGUUGUUGACUGGCUGUUAAAAUAUGCCAGCCAGGACCUACAGGUAAGUUGUCUUUGUUUAAGGAGUCGGAUGCUUUGUUCAGUGUUCAGUUCACUCCUGAGCAGUAGUACUGUUAGUACUGUAGGUAGCCUACACUCAAGUCAUAUUCCUCAUGUGGAGGAAUAUGACUGUUAUUCGAAGCAAGAAAAUAAGGAAAAAGGUGCGUGCGUGCGUGCGUGCGUGCGUGCGUGCGUGCGUGCGUGCGUGCGUGCGCGCUCCUCUUUGUCGCCUCUGAUCUGAACUGUGACUAACUGGAAGACGAAAGCGCCUGCUGCACCACUCCUCUCUGAGAAGUGUCACAUCCCUCGCUCCCUCACUCGCUGCAGAUUCAUGCAUAUUUAUAUUUAUCUGUGGCGUGAGUUCGAUACAUUAUUGUCAUCUAAUUAGAUGUACGGCAGACAGAAAAACAUGGUGGAAAUUCAUAACAAAAUGUGUGGUAAUGACCUGAGCUGCCAGAAGUGUCAGGGGAGGUGGGGUGGAAGACAGGAGGGGGGUGGAAGGAAGAGGAGGAGGAGAGGGGUGGUGGAGGAGGAGAGGAAGAGAGGGCGAGAGGUGUUAACAUGCAGCCAGUGCUCUUCUAAUUAAACACUAUUCUACUAUUAUUAACAUUCUGACACUUCAGAGUGUGUGUUGUGUGUGUUUCAUCCUGACACUUCAGAACAGGCUGGAACUCUACCCACAAUGCAUCUCCCCCCUACAACCUCACAUCCACCUCUUGCCCCUCACCCUGUCUUUCCCUACACCACCACCCUAGAAUACCACUGGCACAUCUACCCACACCACAAUGCCAUCCCGAUCUCCCCCCUCACCCCUGUCUCCUCCAUACACCCUCAAACACAGGACCCCUCUCUCCCUCCUACACCCUCACCCCUGUCUCUUCCAUACACCCUCACACACAGGACCCCUCUCUCCCUCCUACACCCUCACCCCUGUCUCCUCCAUACACCCUCACACACAGGGCCCCUCUCUCCCUCCUACACCCUCACCCCUGUCUCCUCCAUACACCCUCAAACACAGGACCCCUCUCUCCCUCCUACACCCUCACCCCUGUCUCUUCCAUACACCCUCACACACAGGACCCCUUCUCUCCCUCCUACACCCUCACCCCUGUCUCCUCCAUACACCCUCACACACAGGACCCCUCUCUCCCUCCUACACCCUCACCCCUGUCUCCUCCAUACACCCUUACACACAGGACCCCCCUCUCCCUCCUACACCCUCACCCCUGUCUCCUCCAUACACCCUCACACACAGGACCCCUCUCUCCCUCCUACACCCUCACCCCUGUCUCUUCCAUACACCCUCACACACAGGACCCCUCUCUCCCUCCUACACCCUCACCCCUGUCUCUUCCAUACACCCUCACACACAGGACCCCCCUCUCCCUCCUACACCCUCACCCCUGUCUCCUCCAUACACCCUCACACACAGGACCCCCCUCUCCCUCCUACACCCUCACCCCUGUCUCCUCCAUACACCCUCACACACAGGACCCCCCUCUCCCUCCUACACCCUCACCCCAGAACAGGAACAGGCUACAGCAGUGGUAAAUCUACUCACACCGUUAUCUCUCCAAGCUAAUGUCUAGGCUUAAGCUCAGUGGGCUAAUGCAGUCUUUUGACAUGAAGGACACUUGGGUACGAACCCAGUCUGUCACAGUAGCUCUGAGAAUUAGCUGUGUGCAUCACCCCAGGGCAUGUGUGUGAUUUUAUAUCUGUAGCAUCCAUCACACCCUGCUCUUACCCUAACCUACUACCAUACUGUAUCAUCAUUUUCUGCAUUUACAUUUUGGUCAUUUAGCAGACGCUCUUAUCCAGAGUGACUUAAAAUCAUUAGGGUUAGAUCUGGGUGUUGCCCAGCAUCAUGUACCAUUCACAACACCCAGAUCUAACCCUAAUGAUUGUCUGUACAUCACAGCUGAAGCAGAACCACCCUACCAUAACAUUAAACACUCAGCAGCCGUCUUAUUUGCUGUGGGAACUUCUGUGUACUAAUCCAGUACAUUAUCAUUUGCAUUUUUAACAUCCCUAUUUGGGUAUGACAUGUUUCUGUCAGAGGAAGUAAGAGUAGCCCCCAGGGACACAGAGAGCCGAGAGGUUGGGGACAGAUCAGAACAUUGCAGAGUAGAGCAGGGAAGCUAGAAGGUUGGGAGGUUGAUAGGCUAUAGGAGGUUGGUAGGUUGGGGACAGAGCAUAACAUUGCAGAGUAGAGCAGAGAGGCUAGGGGACUGGGAGGUUGGGAGGCUGGGAGGCUAGGGGGCUGGGGGGAUGGGAAGCUAGGGGGCUGGGAUGAUGGGAGGCUAGGUGACUGGGAGGAUGGCAGGCUAGGGGGCUGGGAGGCUAGGGGGCUGGGAAGAUGGGAGGCUAGGGGGCUUGGAGGAUGGGAGGCUAGGGGGCUGGGAGGCUAAGGGGCUGGAAGGUUGGGAGACUAGGGCGCUGGGAGGCUGGGAGGCUAGGGGGCUGGGAGGAUGGGAGGCUAGGGGGCUGGGAGGUUGGGGGGCUGGGAGGAUGGGAGGCUGGGAGGUUUGGUGCUUGGACGUGUUUCAGGAAGCAGAGUGCUGCUGUGUGACUUAUGGCUCUGUAAAGAUGAAAUAGCUGUAGUGUUUCUCUUUGUUGUAGCCUCAGGUCAGGGCUCAUCUUUCACUGAGGUAUGCGCGUGUGUGUGUGUGUGUGUUUUGUGUGUGUGUGUGACACCGUAGUGUUGUUAGAAGUGAAGUGUAUUGCUGUUUAAACUCUAAACCGUCAGUUUGGAGUGUAGCAUGGAAACUUAACCUUCUACAAACCAAACAAAACUCACUUCAAACCAAACACCUCUCACAGUGCUGCACAUCAUCUCACACCAACUAAGGAAAAGGGUUUUUAAUGACUAUCUUGCAGUAUCUUGGAUUUAAUUCAAAUUGGUGAUUUUAAUUUUAUUUAAAUAGUUUUUGUUUAUUAAAACGAUUCUGUCAGUGCUGAUAGUGGUCUCCUGUCCUGUUUGACUGGCUGUUGUGGGUUUGCUGCUAGUGUGUAAUACUGCUCAGUUGUUGAUAUCACACCAUCACACCCAUAGCUCUGUUCUCUGAUUGGACCAGCUCAUAAUAGUGCAUUCUGAUUGGACCAACCCAUAACAUUGUCUUCUGAUUGGACCAGCACAUAACAGUGCUUACUGAUUGGACAGCCCAUAGCAGUGUCUUCUGAUUGGACCAUCCCGUAACAGUGUUUACUGAUUGGACCAGCCCAUAGCAGUGUCUUCUGAUUGGACCAGCCCAUAACAGUGCCUUCUGAUUGGACCAGUCCAUAGCAGUGUGAAAUUAGAGAGGACUUGUGGCGACAUGGAAUGUUGAGGAGCUCCUCAUGGUUCUCAUGGCUGAGUAAGGGUUCCAUCUGAAAACCAUCAUCCCACUGAAGAGGAAAACUAAGCUCUCACAUCUGGCAACCCUCAGUAUAGCUGCAUGUGGGCACUGCCAUGACUGAGGUAUCCAUGGUAACUGCCACAGGCUGUCCAAUCAGGAGGCUAGCCUGGCGGUGUCACAUCAGGCGUGCUCAACGACAACACGGUGACCAGGAGAACAGUUAUAUAUCUCUGUAAUUACAUAUAUAACACAGAAUACAUAUACACACUACACACACUACAUAUAGACACUCCAUACACACCUCUUUGCUCCUAACCAUGGGCGUAUUCAUUACGGACACCAUUUAACAUUUAUGAAACAAACGGAAGCAAAACCGAGCAAAACAAGAGUUUCUAUUGGACAAAUUCAGGUAGGUCCCUCCCCGUUUCAUUCGGUUUUCUUCCAUAUAAGAAACGUUUAACCCCAACCCCAGACUGGUCUAAUAUAUUCAUCAGGACCAAGCAGAGAAAGGAAGAACACACACACACAAUCAAUCGUUAAUCCCAUGUAUUUAUUAAGCCCUUUUUACAUCAGUAGAUUCACAAAAUGCUUAUACAGAAACCUAGCCUAAAACCCCAAAGAGCACAGUGGCUAGGAAAAACUUCCUAGAAAGGCAGGAACCUAGGAAGAAACCUAGAGAGGAUCUGAGUUGUGGCCAGUCCUCUUCUGGCUGUGCCGGUGGAGAUUAUAAGAGUACAUGGCCAUUAAGGCUAGAUUGUUGUUCAAGAUGUUCAAAUGUUCAUAGAUGACCAGCAGGGUCAAAUAAUAAUCACAGUGGUUAUAGAGGAAGCAACAGGUCAGCACCUCGGGAGUAAAUGUCAGUUGGCUUUUCAUAGCCGAGCAUUCUGAGGUUGAGACAGCAGGUGCGUAGAGAGAGCGAGAGGGAAAGAGGGGGUCGAAACAGUAGGUCUGGGAUAAGGUAGCAGGUCCGGUGAACAGGUCAGGGCUCCAUAGCCACUGGCAGAACAGCAGAAACUGGAUCAGCAGCACGAUCAGGUGGACUGGGGACAGGGACAGCCAGGAGUCGCCAGGCCAGGUAGUCCUGAAGCAUGGUCCUAGGGCUCAGGUCCUCCGGGAGGGGAGAGAGAGCGUGAGAGAGAUAUGGGAGAAUUAGACAGAGCAUACUUAAGAUCACACAGUACACCAGAUAAGACAGGAGAAUUACACCAGAUAGGACAGACUGACCCUAGCCCCCCUGCACAUAGACUAUAGCAGCAUAGCUACUGGGGACUGAGACAGGGGGGGUCGGGGGACACUGUGUUCCCCGUCCGACGAUACCCCCGGACAGGGCCAACCAGGCAGGAUUGAAUCCCACCCAUUUGCCAAAGCACAGCCCCCACACCACCAGAGGGAUAUCAACAAACCACCAACUUACUACCCUGAGACAGUGGCAUGUAUUCAUGGAUGCCAAGGGAAGCCAGGCUUCCCCAAAACAUUGACCAAAAUAAAUAAAUAAUAAUGUAUCUUUCUUCUCUCAGCGUCCCUCUGUCUCUGUAUGUGUAGCCCAUAUAUCUGAUGCUGUCUGGUCAAAAAUAGUAUGAUAUUGUUGCCGCCCAUAGCAUUGAAUGCAAGGGAAGCCAAUGAGCAUUUGUCCUCCCUUGAUAUAAAAAUUAUAAUAGCCAAUCAGCGUUGAGCUUAGCUGAGUGAGCUCAACUGUGAAUGGUCCUGGCGCACCAAAUAAAAGUGUCAAGGGAAGCCAGUUUGGAUUUAGCUUCACACCAAUCACAUCACAUCAAGCUAAAAGUCAUAGACAGAAACAAAUGGAAUUGUUGCAUCUCGAUGUGUUGUUGUCCAACUCACAAAAUUUGCCCUUUCUUAAAUUAGCCAAGGACGGAGAUGGGAAUUUUGACUUGUGGUUUUACUUAAUUCUCCGUACUGGCCAAUGAUUAUAGUGCCGGUUUUGAUCCAACCAUAAAGUCAUACAUUGUGCCUCUGGCCUGAGAAGAUGGAAGUUGAAUAUGUAGCUAGAUGUAGUAGGCUAAUGUUAACUAGCUGGCUAAUCGUUGCCCAUGAAAGGAAGUUAGGCUAGCGAGCAAGCAUUUUAGCCAGGUGGUCUAGGACAACAAAAACUAAAAGUGUGUACUGUAUGACAGAGUCAUAGACCGUUUCGGCAACAUGAAAGAGAGGAGGAUGGCAUUGGCGUUUUUCUACAAGUAGGGUGAGUCAACAUGUUUUUUCUACUUAAACACACACUAAAAUCAGUACCAUGGACAGCCACAUGAUAUUUAGCUUAGGUUGAUUGGACCUUUUAGUUGUCACUGUAUUAGCCUAAGCAUAGGUGUUUUGAUGAUGUUGAAAUGUAGAAGUUGAAAUGGUGCUGAAAUAGUGGAGGCAGCUCCUGUUUUCUUUGCGACUUGCGGUAACUUUCCAGUGUUCUAAAUCAAUAGUUGUUUAGUAGUCCGACAAUGUCAGAAACAUUAACUUGAUUGGCCAUGUUGUAGGUCAUGUAACUGUUUGUUACAUGCAAUAUGCUUUGUGGACUCCACUGGACAGAUGUUGCUCUCUGGUUUUGUGAUGAAACAAAGGUGUGGUUGAAUAUAUCACGGUGUCAAGGCAUGUGAACUAACAGGUUAUAGAGCAAACAACGCAAUUAUCACAACACAUAGGUUGUAAUAUGGCUUUUUUCCCCUGGCUUGGCUUCCCCAGUGAUUUUAUCCACGUACCGCUACUUCCCUGAGACAAGGUAGAGUAUAGCCCACGAAGAUCUCCCCCACCACAUGAGCCCGAGGGGGUGCAAGACCGAACAGGAAGAUAACGUCAGUGACUCAGCCCACUCAAGUCGAGUAUAGCGAAAAAAGCCUGGCACGACGUGAAGCACCCCUCCUAGGGACGGCAUGGGAGAGCACUAGCAAGCCAGUGACUCAGCCGCCGUAAUAGGGUCAGAGGCAAACACACACACAUACACACACACACACAAACUCCCACACUGCUCCCAUACUAAGGCCUCCCCACAGAGAGCAGAGUGAGGAUUAUUUUAGCGGUGGUGUCACCUCCCAGACAGGAAGUUAGUCUGUCAGAAACAGGAAGCUGGAGUCUGAUGGAAUGCUCUGCUGGAAUGUUGCAUGCUGGGUCCCCAAAGUAACCUAAGCCUUGUGUGUACCCCGCAGUUCUCCCCUGUACGCCGCAGUUCUCCCCCCUCACACAUCCUCCCCCGCCCCACCUCAUCCCCUCCUCUUUUCUCUCACAGAACUUCUCUAACAGAUCUCUGUCUGUCUGUCUGUAGGGAGGACCUACAACGAUCUGAACCAGUACCCUGUGUUUCCCUGGGUUCUCACCAACUAUGAGUCCGAGGAGCUGGACCUCACCCUGCCGGGCAACUUCAGAGAUCUCUCCAAGGUACUGUCAUUCUGUUAA